UCAUUUUUUUUCUAUUGUAUUCAAGUGUUUCAAAAAUGUCAAUUUUUUAAUUAUCAAUCUAGUAAUUUAGUUUUGAAUUGUUUUAAUUUACCGGUGUUUAAAUUACAUUUCAACACGGUACGUUUCAGCUACUCAACGAGUUGUUUAUAUAAAUUGCAUUUGUUGGUUUGUUUACUUUGAUCAUCAUGAGUGACUCUGAGGAUCCAACAUUAGCCCAAGAUAAUGAGGAUGAAGAGUACGGAGAAGAGACAAUGCAAGAAACAAUACAAGAGACAUUGCCUGAAAAAAGAACUCGUGGUAGUAAAUUUGACAAUGAUGGUGAAAAAAAGAAAAAGAAGAGUAAAACAAAGUCAGUUCCAUCUAUUAAAAUAAAACUUAAAUCGAUCAACACCAGUAAAAGAAAAAAGGCCGCUAGUUCUGAAGAAGAUGAAAUGAGUGAACCUAAUAAAAGUGAUGUGGAAUUUGAAGCCGCUUUACAAGAAGCUGAAGCAGCAACUCCACCGCCAAAAAGUGAUAAAAAGAAAAAGAAAAAUAAACAAUCAAAGAAAAAGAAAAAAACUAAAACAACUGCAAGUUUUGAUUCUGUUGCCGGUUCUGACAGUGAAGGAUAUGAAACAGACCAUCAGGACUAUUGUGAUGUUUGUCAACAAGGAGGAGAAAUUAUUCUUUGUGACACUUGUCCUCGUGCUUACCAUUUGGUAUGUUUAGAACCAGAAUUAGAAGAAGCACCUGAAGGUAAAUGGAGCUGUCCACAUUGCGAAGGAGAGGGUGCUCAAGAUGCAGAGAUUGAAGAACCGCCAGCCAAAGAUGAUCAUCAUAUGGAAUUUUGUCGGGUUUGCAGGGAUGGCGGAGAAUUACUUUGUUGUGAUUUAUGUCCUUCAGCUUAUCAUACAUUUUGUCUUAAUCCUCCGUUAAAAGUUGUUCCUGAUGGUGAAUGGGUAUGCCCUAGAUGCUCGGUUGAACCACUAAAGGGUAAAGUAGCCAAGAUUUUAACCUGGAGAUGGGUAACAAUUGAACCCGAUGAACCAGAGGAGAAAGAAGGUGGUGAAGUCGGUGAAGGCGGUGAAGUUAAAAAAACUGAUGAAAACAUUCCAGCAGCCCAGCCAUCAACAAGUAAAAAACAUCAACCAAAACCUUUACGUGAAUUUUUCGUAAAGUUUCAUGACAUGUCCUAUUGGCACUGUCAAUGGAUCUCUGAGAUACAGUUAGACGUAUUCCAUACAUCCAUGUUUCGGAUAUAUUGUCGUAAGAAUGACAUGGACGAGCCACCUGUUAUUGAUAUGGAUACUUUAGAAUCAAGGAAAAGAUUAAAAGCCAAGCAAGAAGAAGAUGAAGCUAACGAAGACGGGGAAAUAAAUGCGGGAACUGGACGAAAACGAGCAGAAAGGCAAAUUUAUCGUGAUGCUGCUCUUGAGGAAAGAUUUUAUCGUUAUGGAAUUAGGCCAGAAUGGCUACAAGUUCAUCGUGUAAUUAAUCAUAAACAAUUGAGAGAUGGAAGUUAUUUGUAUCUUGUAAAAUGGCGAGAUCUUCCUUAUGAUCAAGCAUCAUGGGAAUAUGAAGAGCAAGAGGAUUUCGAAAUUCCAGAGCUGAAACGAGCUAUUCAAGCUUAUUGGGAUUUACGUUCAGCGACUGAAAUAAUGCAUGGAGGAGGUAGCAGUAAAAAGUCUAGUAAAAAAUCAAAUAAAAAGUCAAAAGGGAAAGAUCACGAUGCUAAUGUGGAGCGAUUUUAUACACCACCUCCAGAUAAACCUACUGUUGAUCCUAAAAAGAAGUUUGAACGUCAACCAGCAUAUGUUGAUGCAACUGGUAUGGAACUUCAUCCAUAUCAAUUAGAAGGUAUAAAUUGGUUGCGUUAUUCUUGGUCAAAUGGAACUGACACGAUUCUUGCCGAUGAAAUGGGUUUAGGUAAAACAAUUCAGACCAUUGUUUUUCUUUAUUCCCUGUUCAAGGAAGGUCAUUGUAAAGGACCUUUCCUUGUUUCAGCACCGUUAUCGACUAUAAUCAAUUGGGAGAGAGAGUUUGAAGUGUGGGCUCCUGACUUUUAUGUUGUCACAUACAUCGGAGAUAAAGACAGUCGUGCAGUUAUUCGAGAGCAUGAAUUAAGUUUUGAAGAAGGAGCUGUACGAGGUGGUUUUAAAGCAUCACGUAUUCGAAAAGAGUGUCCAAUAAAAUUUCAUGUACUUUUAACAUCCUAUGAACUUAUCUGUAUCGACAAUGCAACACUUGGUUCAGUUGAUUGGCAGGUGUUAGUUGUGGAUGAAGCUCACAGACUUAAAAAUAAUCAAUCUAAAUUUUUCCGCAUCCUGAAUGCAUAUAAAAUUGCUUACAAACUUUUAUUGACUGGUACUCCAUUGCAAAAUAAUUUGGAAGAAUUGUUUCAUUUACUCAAUUUUUUGAGUCCUGCUCGAUUUAAUGAUUUGCAAGGUUUCUUAAAUGAAUUUGCAGAUAUUGCAAAAGAAGAACAAGUUAAAAAACUUCAUGACAUGCUUGGACCACAUCUUCUUCGUCGAUUAAAAGCUGAUGUAUUAAAAGGAAUGCCAACUAAAAGUGAAUUUAUUGUUAGAGUGGAAUUGACUCCAAUGCAAAAGAAAUUCUAUAAAUAUAUCUUGACACGUAAUUUCGAAGCUCUCAAUACCAAAGGUGGAGGACAACAGGUUUCUUUGAUAAAUAUAAUGAUGGAUUUGAAAAAGUGCUGCAAUCAUCCAUAUUUGUUCCCUGUUGCAGCACAAGAAGCACCUUUAACACCAAAUGGAGCAUAUGAAGGGACUGCGUUAACAAAAGCAGCAGGAAAACUAAUUGUACUUCAAAAGAUGAUGAGGAUACUCAAAGAUACUGGUCACAGAGUUUUAGUUUUCUCUCAAAUGACUAAAAUGUUAGAUAUACUGGAAGAUUUCUUAGAAGGUGAAGGAUAUAAAUAUGAGCGAAUUGAUGGUGGAAUUACUGGAUCACAGAGACAAGAAGCAAUUGACAGAUUUAAUGCACCAGGAGCCCAACAAUUUUGUUUCCUAUUGUCAACUAGAGCUGGUGGUUUGGGUAUUAAUUUGGCAACAGCUGAUACUGUUGUUAUCUAUGAUUCUGAUUGGAAUCCACAUAAUGACAUUCAAGCCUUUUCUCGAGCUCAUCGUAUUGGUCAAGCUAAUAAAGUAAUGAUAUAUCGAUUUGUGACACGAGCUUCGGUUGAAGAAAGAAUAACUCAAGUGGCUAAAAAGAAAAUGAUGUUGACUCAUUUGGUCGUUAGACCUGGAAUGGGAGCUAAAAAUACAAUGUCAAAACAAGAAUUGGAUGAUAUUUUAAGAUUUGGUACUGAAGAGUUGUUUAAAGAAGAAGAAGGCAAAGAAGAAUCGGCUAUUCAUUAUGAUGACGAUGCGAUUAAAGGAUUAUUAGAUCGAUCUCAAGAAGGUAUCGAGCAAAAAGAACUUUGGGCCAAUGAAUAUCUUAGUUCGUUCAAAGUUGCCGCAUAUGCUACCAAAGAGGCAGAAGAAGAAGAACCUGAGACUGAGGUUUUGAAACAAGAUGUUGAAUCUGCCGAUCCUGCUUAUUGGGAGAAACUUUUAAGGCAUCAUUAUGAACAACAACAGGAAGAUCUUUCACGAACUCUUGGUAAAGGUAAACGUGUGCGAAAACAAGUUAAUUAUAAUGAUGCUUCUGGAGGUCAAGAAGAUACAAACUGGCAAGACAAUGUAUCUGAAUAUAAUUCUGACUUUUCUGUUCCUUCUGAUGAUGAUGACUUUGAGGAAAAAACAGAAGAAAAAACUGGUCGACGUAAAGGAAGAAAUGAGAAAACUGAGAAAGAUAAACCAUUGCCUCCUCUUUUGGCCCGAGUUGGUGGUAAUAUUGAGGUUCUUGGUUUCAAUGCACGUCAAAGAAAGGCUUUCUUGAAUGCUAUUAUGCGUUAUGGUAUGCCACCACAAGAUUCAUUUAAUUCACAAUGGUUGGUUCGUGAUUUACGUUGUAAAUCAGAGAGAAACUUUAGAGCAUAUGUUUCACUUUUCAUGCGUCAUCUUUGUGAACCUGGUGCUGACCAUUUGGAAACAUUUGCUGAUGGUGUUCCUCGUGAAGGAAUGUCAAGGCAACAUGUUCUUACAAGAAUUGGUAUAAUGUCAUUAAUUAGAAAGAAAGUACAAGAAUUUGAACACAUUAAUGGUAUACAAAGUAUGCCUAUUCCUGAAGCACCCGAAAUACCUAAAGAGCAGAAUGGUACAAAAGAAACUGCAACUCCAUCUUCAAUGUCAACUCCAAAUGAUAGUAAAGCUGCUACUCCACAACCUGCUGCUGAAUCGAAGGAAGAUUCAGUGAUUGGAAAAGAUAAUGAAUCAAAAGGAGAAAUAGAUGAGACGCAAAUUAAAGAGAAAGAAAAAGAUAAGAUUGAAGCUGAGAAUGAGAAUGAGAAUGAAGCUGAUAUUGAGAUGAAAGAAAUUAAAGAAGAAAAGAUUGAAGAUAAAGAGAUUGGUGAGGGCGAUGAAGAAGAGCAAGAAGAAGAAGAAAUUGUAGAAUUAGCAAAAGAAGAUGGUGAAGAAACUAAAAAUGACGAAAAGAAAGAGAAUGAAACAUCUAGUGACGAAAUGAAAGUCGAAAAAGAUGAAGAAAAAGAAGAAAUCGAAGAAGUAAUUGAAGAUGAAAACAAAGAGAAAGAAGUUACAGAAGGAGAAGAGGACGAUAAAAUGAAAGAAGGAGAAAUAGGAGAAGACGAAAAUAAAGAAGAAAAAGAAAAAGAUGAAGAAGAGAAAGAAGUGGAAGAAGAGGUAAAAGAAGGAGAAGGAGAAGAAGGAGAAGAUAAAAUGGAAGUUGAAAAGACUGAGAAAACUGAUGAAAAUAUUAAAAAUGAUGAUGAGGAAGUCAAAGAAUUGGAAACAGCUGAUGACGGCCCUCAAGUAAACAAAGAGUCUGCUGAAGAAACUAAAGAAAUCAAAGAAGAGGCCAAAGAUAUUGAAAUGAAGGAAAAUGGUGAAAAGGGCAAACAAGAAAACGAUGAGAAAACGGAGCAAGUUGAUGCGAUUGGAGCGACUGGGAAAAUUGAGAAACUUGAAAAAGAUCAAAAAGAAGAUAAAGAAGUUUUUAAACGUCGAUUCAUGUUCAAUAUUGCCGAUGGUGGAUUCACAGAACUUCAUACUCUUUGGCAAAAUGAGGAAAGAGCAGCUCAGGGCCGAGAAUAUGAAAUCUGGCAUCGAAGACAUGAUUAUUGGCUUUUAUCUGGUAUCGUCAAACAUGGUUAUGGACGAUGGCAAGAUAUUCAAAAUGAUCCAAACUUCAUGAUAAUCAAUGAACCAUUCAAGAUGGAUGUUGGUAAAGGAAACUUUGUAGAAAUCAAAAACAAAUUUCUCGCUCGUCGAUUCAAACUUUUAGAGCAAGCUUUGGUUAUUGAAGAGCAAUUGAGACGGGCAGCUUAUCUUAAUAUUAUUCAAGAUCCAACCCACCCAGCAAUGGCCCUUAAUUCCCGUUUCGCCGAGAUGGAAGCUUUAGCAGAAUCAAAUGCUCACCUUUCCAAAGAAUCUCUUUCUGGUAACAAACCAGCAAAUGCAGUUCUCCACAAAGUUCUGAAUCAAUUAGAAGAACUUUUAGGUGAUAUGAAAUCUGAUGUAUCCAGAUUACCGCAAACCAUCGCUCGUAUACCUCCGGUAGCUCAAAGGCUACAAAUGUCCGAACGCGGAAUCCUUUCUCGUUUAACAGGACAACCACAACAACCUCCAUCUUUCAUGCCCUCUGGGGAUCAACACUAUAGCUCAGCCUCCGCCGCUGGUUUAUCUUCAUCAUUUCCAAAUCAACCCCUUCCUCUAAGACUACAAUCAACCAAAUAAUCAACGACGCAAGCAUUCAUUUUAAUUGAGAUCUAGUUUCUUUUUUCGUUGUCGAUGUCGAAAGAAACUAUUGUUUAAUUACGAUACACACAUUGGCUUUAUCAUGUUUUCAUGAGAAUUGCUGAUUAUUCAUAUUAUGCGUCUUAAAAUCUCAUUUUCGUAUCUUGAAAUAAGUUUAAAAAUAAAUCUUCCAGUCACUCUUUUA